UUGCUGCUACCUUCACACUUCUGUUUCUCGGUCUAAAAUCGAUAAGUGAUUGGCUUUUCUUGAUUAUUAAAGAUUUUUGGAAGUCUACUAACGGGCUCCCAGAAGGGGUCGUCAUGGCCUUGAAAAGGAGAAGGGCGACGUCCCCCUCUAGCAGUGUGAGUGGAGGAGAUUUUGACGAUAGCCAGACUUCAUCGUUAGUGUCUUCAAUUGGGAGAAAGAGGAGAAGGACCUCAAACAUUCCAACUGUGGAUCCUAUCGCUGUGUGUCAUGAAUUGUAUAAUACAAUCAGAGAUUACAAGGAUGAUCAGGGCAGGAUGUUGUGUGAGCUGUUCAUCAGAGCCCCCAAACGAAGGAAUCAACCGGAUUAUUAUCAUGUGGUGUCUCAGCCUAUUGACAUGAUGAAGAUCCAGCAGAAAUUAAAGAUGGAGGAGUAUGAUGAUGUUGAACAACUCACUAGUGACUUUCAACUGUUAUUCAACAAUGCAAAAACAUAUUACAAGUCUGACAGUCCUGAGUACAGAGCAGCCUGUAAACUUUGGGAUCUUUACCUGCGAACCAAAAAUGAAUUUGUUCAGCGAGGCGAUUAUGACGACGAUGACGAAGAAGGGUACGAUGCACACGACAACCCCGGAGGGUCGACUGAGGAUGAGAGUGCACCUACCUGCUUGAAAGAAGUCCUCGAGCAGCUCCUUGAUGCCGUGGUCUCUUACACUGAGCCCACUGGCCGUCUGGUCAGCGAGCUGUUUCAGAAGCUUCCAUCCAAAAUGCAAUACCCGGAUUAUUACGCCAUCAUCAAGGAACCAAUAGAUCUGAAAAUCGUUGCUCAAAAGAUUCAGUUGAGCCACUACAGGAGUGUUAGUGCCAUGGCUAAAGAUGUAGAUUUGCUGGUCAAGAAUGCCAAAACUUACAAUGAGCCUGGAUCGCAAGUGUUUAAGGAUGCAAACACCAUCAAAAAGAUUUUUGCACAAAAGAAGUCUGAGAUGGAACACGGAGAACCAAUCAAGUCCAGCAUUCGUAUUAGGAAUAGAAGGUCUGCCCAGGGAGACCGCCUCUCAGCUAUCACCAUGGCUCUUCAGUACGAAAGUGACGAGGAAGGCAUUCUCUCGGGUUCUGUCCACUAUGAUGAGGGUGAGUCUGAAGCAGAGAGUAUGACCUCUAACAUGGACAUGAGUAAUCCCAUCUUUCAGCUGUUUGAGGCUGUGCGAGGUGCCAGGAACAGCCAGGGCCAGUUGAUCUCUGAGCCUUUCCUGCAGCUGCCCUCCAGGAAGGACUACCCCGACUACUACCACCAGAUCAGUCAACCCCUCUGCCUCCUUCAGAUCAAGAACAAGAUGAAGAACAACGAAUAUGAGAGUGUUGAGCACAUUGACUCUGAUCUGAUGCGGAUGUUUGAGAAUGCCAAACGCUACAAUGUUCCUCACUCGUCCAUCUACAAACGUGCACUCAAACUCCAACACAUUCAGCAGAUGAAGAGAAAGGAGCUGUUACAGAGAGAUGAUGACGAUGGAGACAGCAUGCUCUCCUCUGCCACGUCUGACACCAGCAGCACAAAAAGAAAAAGUCACAAGAAGAAUACAAAGAAAAACCGAAUGAAAGCUCUCUUCGCUGCUGUGGCUGAGGCGCGAGAAGCUGGUACUGGUCGGAGGCUGUGUGACCUCUUUAUGGUCAAGCCCUCGAAGAAGGACUAUCCAGACUACUACAAGGUCAUCCUGGAACCAAUGGACCUCAGGACCGUUGAGCAAAACAUCCGCUCAGACAAGUACAUGACCGAAGAUGCAAUGGUGGAGGAAAUGAAGCUGAUGUUCCGCAAUGCUCGACACUACAAUGAAGAAGGCUCCCAGGUGUACAACGAUGCUGACAUUCUAGAGAAGAUCAUGAAAGACAGACGCAAGGAUCUUGGGCCAGCGAUGGAUGAUGAUGACACAUUGUCCCCAAAGUUGAAAAUAAGAAAGAACAGCAUUACGCUGAAGAAGUCAAAGUACUUAACACCCUUACAGCAGAAGCUGAAUGAGCUUUAUGAGGCCGUCAAGAACUUCACAGAUAAACGGGGUCGUCGCCUCAGCACUAUCUUCCUGCGGCUGCCUUCUCGUGCCGAGCUUCCUGACUACUACAUUGCCAUCAAGAAACCUGUGGACAUGGAGAAGAUCAAGAGCCACAUGUUGUCUAACAAGUACCAGGAUGUUGACGCGCUGGUGGAGGACUUGGUGCUCAUGUUCAACAAUGCCUGUACUUACAACGAGCCCGAGUCUCUGAUAUACCGCGACGCCCUCAUGCUGCACAGGGUGCUGUUAGAGACGAGGCGUGACCUGGAGGGAGGAGAUGAUGCCCACGUACCUGAUGUGCCCCGCCUCAUCCAGGAACUAAUCCGCAGCCUCUUUGUCUCCGUGCUCGGCCACCAAGACGACGAGGGCCGCUGCUACAGUGAUUCACUCGCUGAGAUUCCCGCGCUAGAUCCCUCAAAUCCUGAGAAGCCACCACUCAACUUUGAGAUUAUUAGGACUAAUGUAGAUCGAGGGUGUUAUAAGAGGCUGGAUGUGUUUCAGGACCACAUGUUUGAAGUGCUGGAAAAGGCUAGACGGCUGAAUAGGAGUGAUUCUGAGAUCUUUGAAGAUGCUGUGGAACUGCAGCAGUUCUUCAUCCGAAUCAGAGACGAGCUGUGUAAGAACGGAGAGAUCUUGAUGUCUCCUGCUCUCAGCUACACCUCCAAACAUCUGCAUAGUGAUGUGGAAAAGGAGAAGAAAGGGAAGCUCCCCAAUGAGUUUGAGGAGGACAAAAUCAAAAGGGAGGAGGAAAAAAGGGAAGCUGAGAAGAGAGAGGACUCUGUUGGAGGAUCAUGGCAGUCUAACCUCCAGCGCACAUACAGUCAGGACUGCAGCUUCAAAGACAGCAUGUACCAUGUGGGAGACUACGUAUAUGUGGAGCCUGCAGAGCCAAAUCUCCAGCCUCAUAUCAUCUACAUCGAACGCCUUUGGCAGGACGAUACUGGUGAGAAGUGGCUGUAUGGCUCCUGGUUCUACAGGCCAAAUGAAACAUUUCAUCUCGCCACAAGGAAGUUCUUGGAGAAAGAAGUUUUUAAAAGCGACUAUUACAACAAAGCUCCUGUCAGCAAGAUUCUGGGCAAAUGUGUGGUCAUGUUUGUAAAGGAGUACUUCAAACUUCAUCCGGAAGGCUUCAGAGCUGAGGAUGUCUACGUCUGUGAAUCGCGCUACUCUGCCAAGUCCAAGUCUUUCAAGAAGAUCAAGUUAUGGGCCAUGCCCUUGAGCUCGGUUCGGUUUCUUCCCAGAGAGGUCCCCCUACCCGUCGUCCGUGUAGCAUCAAUGUUUGCCCCCAAACGAGAGGAGAAACCGCCAGAGAUGGUGGAUGAAAUCAAAAUGAUAGAUGGUAAUGUAGACAAGGAGAGGGAGGAUGUUCCAAUGGAAAUGACCAAUGGGGAGCCAGCGUGUCAGUACUAUGAGCAGCUCUGCUACAACAACCUGUGUCUGAAAGUGGGAGACUGUGUUUACAUAGGCUCACAUGGACUUGUGCGCCACCGAGUGGGCAGAAUUGAGAAAAUGUGGAUGAGAGAUGGAGCAGGCUACUUCUUUGGUCCAAUCUUCAUCCAUCCGGAGGAAACCGAGCAUGAGCCCACUAAGAUGUUCUACAAGAAGGAAGUGUUCCUGAGCAACCUUGAGGAGACUUGUCCUAUGACCUGCAUCAUAGGGAAGUGUGUGGUGUCGUCCUUCAAAGACUACCUGUCAUGUCGGCCAACUGAAGUGCCUGAAGAGAACGUUCUACUCUGCGAGAGCCGCUAUAUCGAGAGUGAGAAGCAGAUGAAGAAGUUUAAGGGUCUGAAGCGCUUUUCACUCUCUGGGAAAGUGGUGGAGGAUGAAACUUACUAUUUUAGGAAGCUCAUAGUACCCCAGAAGGAGCCAUCCCCUCUGCUGGACAAGAAAAUUGAGGUACUGGAGGCCAAGUUUGCUGAUAUGACAGAUGAGGAGCUAGAGGAUCUUGGGGAUGAUGACGGCGAGCUAGGGGACCGGUCUCGCCCUCGGAUGCAAUCUUCCAUGUCUAGUGAAAUGGAUGUCAUGCCUUACACUCCCCCGCAGUCCACACAAAAAUCCAUUAAGGGCCUUUCAAAGAAGGAGGGCUCAAAGCGAAAGAUCAACAUGAGUGGCUACAUCCUGUUCAGCAGUGAGAUGCGAGCGGUCAUCAAAGCCCAGCACCCGGACUUCUCCUUUGGGGAGCUGAGUCGCCUCGUUGGCACUGAGUGGAGAAACCUGGAGGGUUCCAAGAAAGCAGAAUAUGAAGAGCGAGCAGCUAAAGUGGCAGAGCAGCAGGAGCGCGACAGGGCCCAGCAUCAGACGUCCCCUAGAGCAGGUACCCCAGUAGGGGCACUGAUGGGGGUGGUGCCUCCCCCAAUCCCCAUGGGGAUGCUAAAUUCCAGCAUGACGCCUGCGUCAGGUAUGGUGGGUGCAUAUAGGUCAGCUAUGAUGCCCCCGUGGGGCUACGGUGAAGGCAUGGUUAGUAUGACUGGCAUGCCACCACAUCUCAUGGGGGUGCCUGUCUUUCCUCAACAUCUCCUGCCUGUUAUGCCUGGGUUCCCUGGAAUGCCGUACUUUGGUGUUAAUGGCAUGGGAGGUGGAGCAGGAAGCAUUCAUGGAUCCCAGGCUCCACCGCCGUACCCGGGCCAGAUGGGACAACCUGCACACCAGCAGCCCUCCACCCCGAUGUUUGUGUCCCCACCAGCCAAGUCUCAAAGGCUGCUCCACUCUGAGGCAUACCUCAGAUACAUCGAGGGCUUAACUGCAGAGUCCUCUACCAUUAGCAAGUGGGAUCAAGCUCUCUCAGUUCAAAAACAAGAUGUGCGCCUCACCAAAGAGCAAGAGAGCAGACUACCAUCGCACUGGCUGAAGAGUAAGGGCGCCCACAAGACGAUGGCAGAUGCACUUUGGCGCCUCCGUGACCUGAUGCUGCGAGACACACUUAACAUACGUCAGACGCACAACCUGUAACUGCUUGUAUUCUGAGCCUCUGCUCCCACCGUUCCUGUGAGACAGGAAGAGGGACAAGCUCGCUAAUGGUGUUCAAUUUGUGUUGUCGUUUAAAAAUGUGUUUGUCGUUAUAAAAGCUGCUUUCUGUGUUGAAGCUGGUUUUUGUUUUACAUUUCAGAUAUAUUGUUCUAAGUGCAUUAUUGUCAAUGGCUGUCGUUUCGUGAUGAAUGCCUUCAUGCUUUCACAAUUAAAAUGUGACGAGCUCA